AUGGCGGCACCGACAAAAUGCCUCCGCAACUUGGGCGCUAUGGUUAUGAUACCUACAUUACUUGGAAUGGCGGCGGAACCUAGGAUACUUGGAAUGGUGGCACUAAGACAAAUAACUUCAGAUGGUGGCGAAACUGAAGAUAUUAGGAAUGGCGGCGCUGAGGCAAAGUACAUCAGUAACUCUCUCGCUGCACAUGUUCCCUCCUUCACCGUCGCAGGGGGAAAACUUGCAGCAUUCCUGGCAGGAAAAACAAAGGCGACAAUCAUCAACAAGACGACGGCACCACUGGAAGAAAGCAAAUUCAAGGUGAUGCUGGAGCUCACGGGGGCAGGAUCCGGCAACGACAGAUCCGGAGUGGAUCUUGUGACGGUCCUAGAUGUCAGCGGUAGCAUGCGGGGAGAGAAGUUAGAAAAAAUGAAAAUUGCCAUGCUAUUCAUGAUCAAGAAACUUGGCCCGAUUGAUCGUUUGUCGAUUGUCACAUUCAACGAGGGCUCCCAGAGGUUGUGCCCAUUGCGGCAGAUAACUGAAAAUUCUCAAGGGGAGAUUGAAAAUCUGGUCAAUUCUUUAGUUGCUAACGGCGGCAUGAACAUCUCUGCUGGUCUUCAAACGGGCUUAAAAGUGCUCAAUGACCGCAUACUUACUAGCGGGCGUGAAGUUGGCAUUAUGCUUAUGUCCGGCGGUCAGCAAAACAAAGGUGGUGAUGCUGCCCAAGUUUCGGUCGGCAACGUGCCCGUAUACACAUACGGUUUUGGCGCAGACUACGAUCCGAUGGUGCUCAAUGCCAUCGCAAACAACAGCAUGGGAGGAACGUUCUCAGAUGUUCGAAACCAGGACAACUUGAGUAUUGCAUUUUCCCAGUGCUUGGCUGGGCUUCUCACCGUAGUUGUUCAGGAUCUGAAGCUGACCGUCACACAAGUCGAAUCCACAAUCGUUAAGGUGUCUGCCGGAAACUAUCCACAAUCCAAGGACGAUGCUGCAGGCUCUGUGACUGUUUCAUUUGGCGAUCUUUACAUUAAAGAGGUACGCAAGGUCAUAGUGGACCUUCUUCUCCCUCCUGCUAGUAGUCCGGCAGGCUCGAAUGUCCUCAACAUCACUUACACAUACAGCUCUGGUGGGAAAUUGUUUGAUGCCAAUGCGAUAAUUGUUACCGUAAGCCGCACCAGCAGGACAUCCGUGGAGCCGGAGAGGGAGGAGGUGAUGAUUGAGGAGAACCGUCAAGCCACUGCCCUCUGUGGAUGA